AUGGAUUCACAUUCCAACAUCGCCCGGUCGGCAAUGACGUCGGCGGCAUCACCCGGCCUUGCACCGGGUGAUCAAAGGAACAGUAUCAAUCGACCCAACGGGAUCUCUAAUGGGGAUGGAUCGGGAUCGGGUAAAGAAGGAACUCCCAGGCAUCCUCCGAAGACUGUGGUCAACCGAGCGCUAGGUAAUGACCUGCAUUCCGAUUCCCACAAAUCUUCACUCCCGCCUAAGGGCGGAGUCGGAACCGCCUUGACAGACACUCCGAUUUCUACCGCACCCCCGUCUCCACAGAUCACGAGCACUGCUGGCACCCCAAGCCGGGUGCGAGCAACCACUCUCGAUAUCCCCGGACUGACCAAGUCCAAGGUCUCCCCGGAUGGCCGUAUUGCCCAGCGCGAUGUCGGCGCAAAGCUCGUCAUUGUCAUGGUCGGUCUCCCGGCCCGAGGCAAGAGUUACAUUACGAAGAAGCUAGCUCGCUAUCUGAACUGGCUUCAACAUGACACAGAGAUUUUCAACGUUGGACAGCGUCGUCGUGUCGCCGCUGGGAAGUCACCGUCACCUGCCCCGCUUGGCCACCAGGACCGGAAAUCGAGUGCUGUUCACAGUGAUCUGGUCGACUCUGUGCGCCGAUUGAGUGUCAGCGUUGGUAGCAAUCUAAAACCGUCCGAUGCCUCCCCUCCGAACGAGGCACCACUGCCGCCUCCGGUCAUGCCCGCCAAGAUCCUGGUGAAUGGUAACGAGCCCAACGAACAGCUCUCUCAGAAUGGAAGUAUUAUUGAGCCCUCGACUGAUGCAGGCCCUGCCCAGUCUCGUGCGGAUGAAGAAGCUAUCAACGAAGCUUCGCCUGAACCAAUGGAGCAAACUGCCAAUUUCUUUGAUCCGCAAAACCAACGGGCUGUUAAGAUGAGAGAGCAGGUUGCGCUGGAUACUCUCGAUGAACUGCUUGAAUACAUCUUGGAGGAUGGCGGCAGCAUCGGUAUUCUCGAUGCUACCAACAGCACUAUGGAACGCCGCAAGGCGAUCGUGGACCACAUUCGCGCUCGCGCUGGCCCGGAACUCAAUAUUUUGUUCCUGGAAAGCAGCUGCGUGGAUCAAGAGUUGCUCGAGGCCAACAUGCGCCUGAAACUUUCUGGUCCCGACUACAAAGGUCAGGACCCAGCCGAUGCACUUGCAGAUUUCAAGAAACGUGUUGCUCUCUACGAAAAGUCCUACGUGCCUCUCGGUGAAUAUGAGGAGAAGCAUCGCAUGGCCUACAUCCAGAUGAUUGAUGUCGGCCGCAAAGUUGUCGCACAUCAGACGCAUGGCUUCCUUGCUUCUCAGGUAGUUUACUAUCUGCUCAAUUUCAAUCUUUCUCCUCGCCAGAUCUGGAUCACGCGUCACGGCGAAAGCAUGGACGAUGUCGCGGGCCGCAUCGGCGGCGACUCCGAUCUCAGUGAGAACGGAAUAAGAUACGCCAAGGCGUUGGCUAAGUUUGUCGAUCACCAAAGGCAACAAUGGGAGUCCUAUCAGCGCCAGAAACACCUUUUGCAACACUUCCCACCCCGACCUGGUGACAGCACACCCCCCAACCCAUCUUACAUUCCGCGGGAGGGUCCGCGUAACUUCUGUGUCUGGUCUUCGAUGAUGCAGCGCUCGGUUCAAACCACCGAAUUUUUCAACGAAGAUGACUACGAUAUCAAGCAGAUGAGGAUGUUGGAUGAGAUUCAUUCCGGUAAAAUGGAAGGCAUGACAUACAAAGAGAUCCAAGAGCAGUUCCCCGAGGAAUAUGCUCAUCGCAAGAAGCAUAAACUCUUCUACCGAUAUCCCGGACCGGGCGGAGAAAGCUACCUCGACAUUAUCAACCGAUCACGCACCGUCAUCGUCGAGGUAGAGCGUACUACCGACCAUGUGCUCCUGGUUGGACACCGAUCCGUUGCUCGUGUGCUCCUGGCCUAUUUCCGGGGUCUGAAGCGUGACGAGGUUGCCGAUCUCGAUGUCCCGAUGGGUGUGCUGUACAUGCUUGAGCCUAAGCCGUACGGUGUGGAGUUCAAGGCAUACCGCUACAACCCCGAGACGGAAUGGUUCGAUUACCUUCCCGAUUACGAACUGCAUCAGGUCAAAUAG